GAGUCCAGCGGCUCUCGGGCAGCUUACCGUGCUGAGCUCACUUCGUGACGUCACUCCUUCCUGGCUCUGCGAAUCAGCCACCAUGGCAGCCGUGAAGGAAGUUCCAGGUACCACCGCCACGGACCUGGGUGCCCUGCUGGAUGCAGGUGACGGCGCCGUCGUGACUUUAGUGGCGGGGCAGACGCGGCUGGCUGCACACAGGGCCGUCCUGCAGAAGAGGAGCCCAGUAUUCAGGUCAAUGUUCGACAACAACGAGUUAGACGUCAAGGUGGAAAACGUGGAGGGCCCAGUGCUCAGGCUACUACUGACCUACACGUACACCCUCCAGGCGCCCCAACAUACCAACAUGGCCGCCCAACUGCUGGAAGCUGCCAAUGCUUACGAGCUGUCAGAUCUGAAGGACACAUGCGAGCAGCAGGUGGUCGCACAGCUGGAACUGGAGAACGCGGCAGCUCUGGGUGUGCUCGCACUGAGGCACUCCUGCCCCAGACUCCUGCAGGCUGUCACUGCGUUUGUAAAAGACCACACGCACCAGGUGGUGCUGACACAGAGCUGGAAAGAUGCAAAGCAGAAAUACCCGCAGGAGCUGCUGGAGUUGGUCCCUCUGAUUGUAGGGCCACCAGCAGAAAACAGUGCGUCGGCCACCACAGGGGGUGCGUCCAGCCCCAGCACCUACAGUCAGCCCCACAGCGACCACGGCAGGACAGCUGCCGCAGCUGUGCCACCCACGGCUGCCCAACACACUCCACCACCACCUGGUGGCACAGCAGUCUUUCGCCCUCGCGUGCCAGCCAGCAUAUGGGGCGGGACCAUCCAGCACCCUCGCCGUCAGACCCGCAGCGACCACGGCCGGACUCCUGCCACAGCUGUACCGCCAAAAGUUGCUCGACACACUCUGCAACCUGACGAUGCAGCCGUCUCUCGCUUUCGGAUGCCAGCAACCACGUGGGGUGGGACAACCCCCAGCACUUGCUGUCAGCCCAGCAGCGGCCACAGCUGGACUCCUGCAUCAGCUUCACAGCCAAAUGUUGCCCGACACAGUCCACCACCUGAUGAUGCAGCCGUCUCCCGCUUCUGCAUACCUGCAACCAUAUGGGGCGGGACGUCCCCCAGCACUUGCCGUAAGCCCAGCAGCGGCCACAGCUGGACUCCUGCUGCAGCUUCACAGCCAAAUGUUGCCCGUCACAGUCCACCACCUGAUGGUGCGGCCGUCUCUCGCUUCUGGACCCUUUCUGGAGAGGAGAAAGGAAGGAGGCUGAUAGAGGCAGCUAAGGAGGGGGCGCUAGAGCAGCUGCAUGCGUUGCUGGCGGCAGGAGCGAACACGGGGGCGAGGGGCAGGGACAGCUGGACAGCCCUGCACUGGGCAGCAUACAGGGGGCACCUGAAGGCAGUGAGCUGUCUGGUGGGAGCCGGUGCGGAGGUGGACGUCAGGACCAGCUGGAACUACACACCUCUGCACUGGGCAGCCUACCACGGCCACACGGCUGUGGUAUGGCGGCUGCUGGCAGAAUCCGCCGACCCCAACGCUAGGGGUGAAUCGGGGUGGACGCCGCUCCAUGGGGCUGCAGUCAAUGGCCACACAGAAGCGGCCGCUGCGCUGCUGGAGGUGGGGGCCGACAGGGGGGUCAGGGACGACGGUGGGAGGACCCCCCUGGACCUCGCCAGGCAGAACAAUAAACAGCAGCUGGUGGAGAUGCUAAGCCAACACUGAUACAUGGUACUAAGGGACAUAAAACUAGGCACGUACUUUUUUUCAAUAUUUAAAAAUAAAGAAUACAAGAAAA